GUGCAGCGUUUGAUAAGAUCGAUUGGUUUUCCAGUUUUCUCGCGAAAUAAAAUCAGCUUCAAGCUGCACCAGUCUCUCAACCUCUCCUCUCCUUUACUUCUUGUACUUUCAUCUUUCUCCUACACAUUCAAGAUGCUCUUGUACCAAGACAUUAUCUCCGACGAUGAGAUGUUCUCCGAUGCCUUCCCCAUUAAGGAGGUUGAUGAUAUCGUCUACGAAGUCGACUGCCAAAUGAUCACCGUCAAGGCUGGUGCCGAUAUCGAUAUUGGUGCCAACCCUUCCCAGGAAGAGCAGGAUGAAGCUCUCGAGGAGGGUGCGACCCAACUCAACAACGUCGUGUACUCCUUCCGUCUUCAAUCCACCCAGUUUGACAAAAAGAGCUACCUCACUUACCUCAAGAGCUACAUGAAGGCAGUUGAGGCUAAAUUGAAGGAGACUAAGCCUGAGCGUGUCGAUGCUUUCAAGGCCGGUGCCGGUGCCUUCGCCAAGAAAAUUGUUGCCAACUACAAAGAUUACGAAUUCUACACUGGCGAAAGCAUGAACCCCGAUGGUAUGGUCGCCCUCCUUAAUUACAGGGAGGACGGUGUUACCCCCUACUUCACCUUCUGGAAAGAUGGCCUUAAGGAGCAGAAGUUGUAAAUCAUCGUAUCAUUAUGGUCACUAUUCUCUGGGGAUUUCAUCUGUAACACAGACAAGGAUGUAGCGUACUGAUUUGCCUGUGUAUCAUUAUCACGAAGCGGCUCACGAUUCAAAAGUCUGAAGGGAGUA